AUGACGGCCUUCAUCAAGCAGGAGGCGCACGAGAAGGCGCGCGAGAUCGAGGUCAAGGCCAACGAGGAGUUCAGCAUCGAAAAGUCCAAGCUCGUCCGCUCCGAGACGGACGCCAUCGACGCCACAUAUGCAAAGAAGUUCAAGCAGGCCACCAUGUCGCAGCAGAUCACCCGGUCCACCGUCUCCAACAAGACGCGGCUCAAGGUCCUCGGCGCCCGCCAGGAGCUCCUCGACGACAUCUUCGAGGCCGCCACCAAGCAGCUCGCCGACGUCACCAAGGACAAGAAGAAGUACCAGGACCUCCUCAAGGGCCUCAUCCUCGAGGGUGCCUACGCCAUGAACGAGAAGGAGAUCUCGCUCCAGGGCCGCAAGGCUGACUACGCCGCCCUCAAGGAGGCCGUCAAGGCCGCCGAGAAGGAGUACAAGGCCGAGUCGGGCAAGGAGACAACCAUUUCUAUCGACGAGUCCAGCCCUCUACCGGAAGGAAGCGCCGGAGGCGUCAUCAUCGUGAGCGGCUCGGGCAAGAUCGACAUCAACAACACACUCGAGGAGAGACUGGAGCUGCUCAAGUCAUCGGCGCUCCCCGCCGUAAGGGAGACGCUGUUCGGCAAGAACGUCAAUCGCAAGUACUACGACUAA